AUGAACUGCAGAUUGAAACUGAAGAAACUGCAAAAAGGUGGGAAUUUAAGGAGAUGGGACCUGGAUAAACUGAAAGAACCAGAGGUUGUAGAGAGUUUCAGGGAGAGCAUAAGGGAACAGUUGACAGGAAUGGGGGAAAGAAAUACAGUAGAAGAAGAAUGGGUAGCUCUGAGGGAUGAAGUAGUGAAGGCAGCAGAGGAUCAAGUAGGUAAAAAGACGAGGGCUAAUAGAAAUCCUUGGGUAACAGAAGAAAUAUUGAAUUUAAUUGAUGAAAGGAGAAAAUAUAAAAAUGCAGUAAAUGAAGCAGGCAAAAAGGAAUACAAACGUUUCAAAAAUGAGAUCGACAGGAAGUGCAAAACUGCUAAGCAGGGAUGGCUAGAGGACAAAUGUAAGGAUGUAGAGGCUUAUCUCACUAGGGGUAAGAUAGAUACUGCCUACAGGAAAAUUAAAGAGACCUUUGGAGAAAAGAGAACCACUCGUAUGAAUAUCAAGAGCUCAGAUGGAAACCCAGUUCUAAGCAAAGAAGGGAAAGCAGAGAGAUGGAAGGAGUAUAUAGAGGGUCUAUACAAGGGCAAUGUACUUGAGGACAAUAUUAUGGAAAUGGAAGAGGAUGUAGAUGAAAAUGAAAUGGGAGAUACGAUACUGCGUGAAAAGUUUGACAGAGCACUGAAAGACCUGAGUCGAAACAAGGCCCCGGGAGUAGACAACAUUCCAUUAGAACUACUGAUAGCCUACCCUCUGGUGAGCAAGAUGAAUGAGACAGGCGAAAUACCCUCAGACUUCAAGAAGAAUAUAAUAAUUCCAGUCCCAAAGAAAGCAGGUGUUGACAGAUGUGAAAAUUACCGAACCAUCAGUUUAAUAAGUCACGGCUGCAAAAUACUAAAAAGAAUUGUUUACAGAUGA